CAAAAAUGACCAAAGUGUUAUGCAUUGAAGGGUUUGGGUUAUAAGGUAAUGAAAUGGUGGCACCCCCUCUUUUUUUAUUUUGUUAUUAAAAUCACAAUUUCCAAUUAAUUUGAUGAACUCAAUGACAUUAGCAAGAAGUGAGGGGUGAAUGUGAGAAAGCCACAAUCAAAUAUUGAACUGAUGGUAAUUCAAUAUAGUUCCCUUUUUUUUAUUUUAUUAUUUAAUUUUUGUUGUCGGUAUGUUAUGUGUGUUUUUUUUGGGAAGGGGGGGGGAGGGUAGGUUGUCGCACGCACAGCCAAAAGAUCACGACUUAAUUAUCGUUGACACCAAAUAUAGAAAAGGGACAAUUUUUGUAGGUUUCGUUUUUGUUUGAGGGCGGGAAAGGAGCGCAAUCGAUACGCCGAACACUAGGCAAAAUCGUCACCGCCCUUUGAUGCCUGUUGCGGCCCACCAGGGGCAAUCCUAAACUCCGCCCAUUUUCAUCUCUUCCAGCAAAUCACACUCGAAAGUACUCAACCUCAGUUUUGUCCUGAAUCUCCUCGCGACGUCACAAUUGUCACUUUUUCCCAGAUUUCAAAGGAAUCUGCAGUUAAAAAAAGAAAUUUUCGGGGUGUUUUUUAUCCGAUUUACGGGUCAGUGCAUUGCUCCUGUAGUUAUGUGAAAUCAGUGCAAAAUUUCCAAAAAGGUGUUUCAAGUGUUUCAAGUGAUUUAGAUCAGUGAUUCUUUUCGCUGGAAAAACUCCUAAAUAGCUCAAAUUUGUUUUUCCAAUUUGUGGGCAAUGGACUAAAAAAGAAAUUUAAAAUAAAUUAUAAAAGAAAAUGGAUAGCACAGGAAAACGACCUCAGGCGCCACAAUCGCCAAUUUCCAAUCAAAUCCAAUUGCAAACAUCCACACAACAGCCCAAGGCUAAUCAGGUGGGUACGGUUCUGCUGUAUGGUAUCCCCAUUGUGUCCCUGUUCAUUGAGGCACAGGAACGUCUGUGCCUGGCCCAGAUCAGCAAUACCCUCCUCAAACAAUUCAGUUACAACGAGAUCCACAAUCGUCGUGUUGCCUUGGGCAUUACCUGUGUCCAGUGCACACCGGUUCAGCUGGAGAUCCUUCGGAGGGCCGGUGCUAUGCCCGUAUCAUCUCGGCGAUGUGGCAUGAUAACCCGACGUGAAGCUGAGAGACUGUGUAAGUCCUUUCUCGGUGACAAUAGUCCACCGCGCCUACCCGAUGACUUUGCCUUUACGGUUCACCAUGAAUGCGCCUGGGGUUGCCGUGGUAGCUUCCUACCGGCCAGAUACAAUUCAUCUCGCGCCAAAUGUAUCAAGUGCGCCUUCUGUGGACUCUUCUUCUCCCCCAAUAAGUUCAUCUUCCACUCUCAUCGACUGUCACCUCAAGAUAAAUAUGUUCAGCCAGAUGCGGCCAAUUUUAACUCUUGGCGCCGUCACAUGAGACUAUCCGGAACACCACCUGAGGAGGUUAUUCAUGCCUGGGAGGAUGUUAAGGCAAUGUUCAAUGGUGGCACACGAAAACGUUUAAUGCCAGCUCCGGCUCACAGUCCAAAGCGCCCAAAGGCUCCAACGCCACCACCAGCUGCACCAGCUGACGUCACAGCUGCACCCCCAUUUGCACGAACCCUGAUGAUGGACUGGCAGUGGCCACCAAAAGCACCACCCUUCCAUUUACCAUCGUACGCCCUCCAUGGCUGGCUCAAGCGUCCCAGUGCUCUCCUCUUCCACCAUGCGGCCGCAGCGGCCCCUCCACCGCCGAAGGGACUCCUCUGUGCUGCCGCUACAUCGGCCUUUAGACCCGUGGCGCCACCUCCUGCCCUUAAAGAACCACUAAGCUCAGACGAUGAAAUGGUUGACAUUGAAUCCACUGAGGAUGAUAACUCAGAACAUCAAGGACCUCUAGCACCGAAAGUGGACGCAGCCACGGUACUCUCUUCACUGCUAGGUGGCGCUGAUAACAACAACACACAUUCAGCCGUCGAUCACAAUGCACGCAAUGAAUGUUUAUGGAGUGUAGCGCGGCUAUCAGAGCCGACGCCACCAGUCAAAUAUCCUUGAAUAAAUCUUUCCAAUAUCAACCCAUCCCCAUACCAACCCUCUCCCCCCACCACCAACCACCAUGCAAUUGUAAAUAGAUUAAGCGCUGAAUAAACAAUUUCUGAAAAAUCAAUGAUGAUCCUUUGAUCCGAUCUUCUUGAUUUUCUGCUUGUGAUUUUUUUACGGUAUUCAA